UAUAGGAUAUGUGACAUUGUUUGGAACCUGGUCUUCAAAUAAUUAUAAUUUUAACACAAUAUUGAAAUAAAAAAGAUUUUUUCAUUAAAACCGAGAAAUUACUGAAACAACUAUGCGUGUGUACAUGUAUUUGAUUUAUAUAUUGUUAAUAACCAUAAUCGAAACACCACUGGUUCAAGCAAACGCCUAUGGUGAGAGUCAUAUUGUUCCAGCAAUUGCAUAUGUGGGAGAAACCGUCCAUGCUUAUUAUAAACCGUUAAAGAAUGAUUCCAUUGAAACGAUUAUAUGGUGGUUAAGAGUUGAAAACCAGAGUGACACUCGAAUAGCGAAUGGUUCCCGAUAUGAGAUAAAUACAAGAAAUCAUACAGUAAACCUCACAAUUAGAAAUGUUUCAUUGAGCGAUGCUGGCAAGUACAUAACUCAAUGCGGUAGUCACUGGUGUACAGGGCAUCCAUCGCAUUUGGAAGUGAAAGAACUCCCGAAGCUCAAGUUCAAAGAGAGAGCAAACAAGCCCGAUAUUGGAUGCCAUGAUUGUCUACUAGGAUGGAUGGGCCGGCGAAUGAACAUCAGCUGUAUUGUUGAGGGAGUGAUACAACCGCACGACGUUAAUAUUUCAAUCGAUAAAGGAGGACAUGCUGAGACGAAAUCACAAAAUCUUUCUCGACAUGAAUAUCGGAGUCAAACCAUCUACGCCUUUCACGCGAGAGAAGCAGACGAUAGGCAAAACGUUACGUGCACUGUUUCAUCCAGCAGAUUUUCCAAAAGACUCAUUAUUAAAGCACCGCUGCGUAUUCUAAAACUGCCGGAUGUUUCCGACUUAACCCUUACGAGUAGUGCAAUAGAAAAUGAAACGAUAACCUGCAGGUCACCAACUUCUCAAACAGAUUUCGAUAUUGUCAUAUUGUAUAACAACUCAUGGUAUACAGUAUCUUCGCCCGAUGAUGCAAAGUGCACAAGAAUAUUACAGAUCAGUCGUUAUGAUAACGGGAGGCCGAUUCAGUGUUGCUUCAUAUACCAAACGUUUGAAGAACCGAGUCCUGGCACAAUGUGUACAAAUAGUACCUUUUUGGACAUAAGAUAUACACCGUCAAGAGCUUACAUAAAAAGACGUCGUUGUUGUGAAAACGACGGAGAUGGAAACACGUAUGUCGAGUUAGAAUGUAUCACGGGUAAAUCAAACCCAGUGAGUACUAUUUCCUGGACAAGCAAUACGUCAGUUCAAUCUACUAGUACCGAGCAAAUUAAUUCAGAUCACGAAAUAAGGAAGGAAUAUUCUGGGUGGACAGCUUCGAAGGCCCUGACAGCGAAUAUCACUCGUGUUCAUCAUGGACAGAAGAUAGGGUGUUCGGUAACCAACAUUGAGUUUCCAAACUGGCACAUAAUCACUGAAUACAUCAUAAACAUUACGUAUCGUCCUCAAAUCACGAUUUCUGGCGUUGAUCCUGGGCAUGUGCUUGAGAUUAAAGUUGGCGAUGCUGUCAACAUCACGUGUGACGUAGAUUCGAACCCAGCUGCAAGUGUUCAUUGGUCGCGUAAUACAUCGAGGAUCUCAGAAGAUCAUCGAUUGGCGAUAAACGGAUCCGUGCAACCAGGCCAUUACAACUACACGUGCUUUGCUUCAAACGGUGUUGGUCGCGCUGAAAGAACGAUCAGUGUGAUCAUGAAAGCUGCCUAUAAGCUGCAAGAUAAGGCAAGAGCCUCGUCGUCUCCGGCAGAUCUAGUGACUCCCGUGUCGGUAGCGGCCAGCGGAACUACCGUUCUAGUGGUGGUUCUUACGGUAAUGGUCGUCUGCAUUACACGUCGACAGAUAAAGAGGAAGAGACAGGGGACAACCAAAGCAGCAGCACUACACCCACCCCAUGGCCAAGUUCAACAGUUUCGUAAUACGGAGGUCAGUUUGCUCCCAGCAGCUGAAUGUUCCGAUUUUGCCUCGGUGACUCCCAGCCACCUUCGGGCGAGUGAAUCCGCGAACUCCAGACCGCAGAUUGAGAUUGUGAACCAAAGUCCUGAACUAUCCACUGCGCACGCUGUCAAUAGCGAUGACCAGGAGUACUCUACGGUGGUGCCCAGGAACCAGAGAACAGCCGCCUCUCAACAGGAACUGGCGUUCCAGAUAGAGAAUCCCACACUGAUAUACGCCGAGCUGGAUCUUGCCCCGGAACUUCCACAGUUCACAAAACCACGGAAGAAGCUGUUACGACCUACGUGUCCAUUGACUUUGCUGUUACUGCCAGAAAUGUUGAAACCGCAAAGUAUUCGAAAUAAUGGUGUGAUUGUCGUGGAGAAUACGUGGUUAUUUUUGUUCAGAUGUAUAUACAUUUUUAAAAGCGAAACUAAGACAACUUUACGACGAGCUUUGGAAAUGCAUGUUAAGUUUUCUAUAUUCGACACUUACCUGGUUAUCAGUUUUUUGUAAUCCGAUCAUUAUUUUCGCAUUUUUCUGUCUUUAUACAUGAACUUAUGUUUUGUAAGUGAUGUUGUUUUUAUAAAGAUUCAAGCGUGGUUCAAUUUUGUGCUUUACAUGUACUCACACUCUAAAUACAUGUAUUUUUAAGGAUUGUUUCAUUUGGCUUUUUUGGAAGAUGGCAAUGAACGUUUAUUGUUAUAUUAUUUCUCGACGAAAAUCUAACGUCAAUGUUCAAAAUCAACAAUUAGGGACGAUCAUUCAGAAACUAUACUUUAGGCCUUAUUGUUGAGUGAGUUAGACUAAAUUUCGUGCGGCAAAAACAUACAUGUAAUUCGACACAUUUAAUCAUACAACAUACUGAAGACAUUUGGAAGAUAAAUUAUAAAUUUAACAUUGAAAUAAUAAAUAUCAUCCUUAUAGCAUUUGAUGUUAUAUUGCUAAUUUAUUAUAGUAUUUGUUCUUUGCUUAAGAAAAAUAUGUAUGCAUGACAGUUAUUUUACUGUAUCAAACUUCUGUAAUAAAUAUUGUGGCGUCAUAACAUGGUUAUAACAUUGAUAACAGUUUCUGCGGGAAAUUUGUUUGGUUGAUAUUAUUAAAUUGUUUCUUCAAUAAGUCUGUCCUCCAACUGGUAAAAGCUGGUAAAAGCAUGUGAUGUUUCAUCUAAGAGCGAGCGUAACAGGAAAUUAACCAGUGGUUAAUUCUGUGAUAACACUGUUUAAUCACAUCGAAUAUGCACGUCGCCACAAAAACGUAAGUCCACGCCUUUAUGCGAUAAUUUUCAACGCGUUAAGAGCACAAUUAAUGGCUAAAUGUUGACUUGCAAGGAAUCUUUUUUAAAUGACAUUUUUAAUAAUCUUCAUAUAGAGAACAUCAAGGACACCAACUGCAACUUAUUCAAAAACAUAAUAGAGUUUAUAUUUCAUUUGUGUCAUUUCUGAAAAGAAGAUCGUACAAUAAAAUCUACAAGAAUCGAUUUCAAUAUUAAUUCACGAGCAUUAUGAGUUAGAAACAUGUACAGUCGUUUACGCUUGACCUGAAUGUAACAUAAAGAAUGACAACGAUUACUGAAGGAACUAAUAUUAUUUGUUAAUAUUGAAUAUGUACUCUCCCUUUCACUGAAACUAAAACACCUAUUGUGGUCGUUGUCUUGAGAAAAAUUGCACAAAAACUGCCUUGCAGUACGCUCAUUUAAACAUCCACACGUUUUUAUGGAAAUGUUGAUGAAAGAAAUUAUGCAGUAUAGACCGUUCCAUAAUCGAUAAAUUGACCGCCGCCAUAUUGUCAGUCACGUGACUGUCCGCCAUUACACUGCUGCUAACUUGUGCGAGUCUACGAUUCCAAAAGCCAAAGACGUAGAGAAUACCCGCUUCACCGUUGUUGGAUAAAUAGAUCUAAAUUACUUAAUGAAUUAAUGUGAGGCGAUUAUCACAUUUUUGUUGUUUAAAUUAUUGUUUGAAGUUGAGAUUGAUUGUUACAAAUAAAAUGUUUGAAAUGCUUUCGUGUAUUUGUUUUUUUUAUCUGUAAUUAAGUGGUAAUCAUCGGCGAAAAUUUGCCGGUUCAGUCGCUCAUACUACAACUCUUGUAUAAAUAGCAUUUUAAGCCUUCUCUUAACUUUUAGCAAGACCUAUGUUUUAUCAGAUUUUAGUGAUGCUCACAUAUAAAUUUGUAAAUUAUCUGUUGAUGAGUUCAAUUAAAAAAAUCCUAUAUAUAAUG